UCCUGACAUUCGAAAUUUGCAUAUUUACGUGACGUGAGUCUAGACUGAAAACCCACAGGGGGAGCGGGAGUGUUCAGUAAAACAGGAAGGUACCAUCAACUAUUUGUAAAAUAAGUCAAAUUUGCAGUUUUCUGUAAGGAAUCCAUCCAGCUUUCACAAUGAGAUUUUCUUCAAAUGCGGCCACCAUGUUCUUCCUCGGCUAGGACCGACAAAUAUGGCAGAGAAAGGAAAGUCCAGGGGAUUCAACCUUGACUCUAUAGUGCAGAAGCUUCAGGAGGAGGGCUCACCCCCAGCAACACCUUUGUCAGGGACAGACACCGACCAACCGUCCACCUCCACAAGCACCAUGGUUAAAACUGGUGCAUCGCGAAGGAAACCUGCGAAGGUGGUACGACAGGUGGCCUCGGACGAGGAGUCAAACCCACCUGAUGCAGAAAGCAAUGAUGACAUCGAAUCAUCAGUUAGUCAAGGUAUACAGAGUGCCAAGAUAGAAGACAGUACAAACAAUGCCGAUGCUGUCCUUGAAGCAAUGAGGAAAGCUUCGAAAGACCAGCAGGAUGUGAAGGAAGAAAAGAAAGACGCGCCUGUAGUUAAAACAAAGACACCCCCUGCCACGCCCAGGUCAAAGGGCAGCAAGGAUGCAUCUCCUGAAGAGCUGCCUGAAGGUACAGUAAUUGUGCAACCCGAGGCAGUUCUUGAUGACCGGGGUUUGUUCAGAGGGCCUGAGUUUAGUAGGAAGCAUAAGAGAGAAGCAGAAGCUGGCGCCACGCCCUCUGCAAAGAUCACAGGAUUGGAUGACGUUGGUAGUAUGGACCAGAUUUAUCACUGCACAUCGUGUGGUGGGCAGAUCUUCCCAUCUCUACCUGGUACCUGUAAGCGUCACCCAGCCUUGAAGGUCCUCAUCUGUAAGCGGUGCUAUAACUACUACUGCAGCGACAACUUUGACAAGGAUGAGAAUGGAAUAGACGAGCAGUGCAGGUGGUGUGCAGAAGGUGGCAACUUGCUUUGCUGUGACUUCUGCACCAAUGCUUUCUGUAAGGCCUGCAUCAAGCGUAACCUGGGACGCAGGGAGCUCACCGAAAUCAACGAGUCGGACGAGUGGCGAUGCUACAUUUGCGAUCCGUUCCACUUGUCUGACCUCAUUGCCGCGUGCAACCAGGUGAUGGAGGUUAGCGAACAGGAGAGACAGAAGCAGAAACGCAUCAAUAAAGUCAAGAAAGAAGAAGCAGCAAAGAAGCAACAGGAGAAGGGGAAGGAAUCUCAAGAUGAUUCGGACGAUGUUCAGGUGGUGUCUGAAAUCAAAGGAACCAAACCGGUGCCAGUUGAGGUUAAAAGAUCUCCUCAGCCAAUGACUUUGCCUUUUGAUCCUUCGAAAAGGAUGACGUUGGCCCAGAUUAGACAGCUGCCACCAGAACAGCAACAGCUGAUGCUAAAUCGGCCAGACAGAAGGCUAGGAAGGCGACAACCCGGUACACCAGUUGUUGGCCAACCACAGCCAGCAAUGUCUAGGACAACUGUUAGCCAACCAGUUGUUUACGUUUCUCCAGUAGUACCUUCUGCUCCAGCAAACGUUGUCAGAUCUCCCAGUGUUGUUGUGUCACCGGACUUUUCUGCCAUGUCCCACAACAUUCUCACCUCUGUGCUCCACAUGCACACAUUUCUGGAAUCUCUCCAACAGAGACAUGCUUACCUUACCGGACAGAAUUCUACUAAAACCAACUACAUUGUUAUCAACCAGGCCCAACCUGUUCUGACUGACCUCUUGAAACAGCAGUUAAGAAAGGCACAACCUCUGAUCACUAGUGCAGUACAGAAGAUAUCUACAAUUCAGAAGGUGGCGCAAGAGCUUCUGGACCAAGAUCCACAAGGCAUUCCUGUGGUUCCUAUCGGAGUAGUAAGUGCUAAUCAACUCGCAAACAGCACAUCUAAUAACGAUACACCAGACUCGGCGUCUGGCUCAGCUGAUGUGGAUCUAACAGAAGGAGAUGUCCAGCCUGUACAGAAUGGUGUAGCUGGAGAUGAUGGAGAUGAGGAAGCUGUAGAUGAGGGAGAUGACAAAGCCACCAAAGACAAUGACGUUCAAGAUGAAGAUUCUAAGGCCACAAAGCGCAAGCUGUCCUAUGAGAACAAAAGUGAAGAUGCCAAACGUAGCAAGCAGGGUGGAGACACCUCAGCAGAUGAUGCUGAGAGUGCCACAGACAAGGACGGUGAGAAAAGACAUCUUCGAGGAAAGGGGAAGGCGGACAGGACUGAAGAAGAUGUUGAAUCAGAAGCAGCCCUGAAAGCGGCAAUGAUGGACGAAUCCACUGAAAUUGAGAGUGAAUCAGAAAAUGAUAACAGUGAUGAAGAGUAUUCACCAUCAAAACGGAGAAGUAAGAGCAACUCGGAGACUCCAAAUUCUACAAAGAGAUUAAGAGUACAGAAAACCACUCCGAAGCGGGCCAGUCGAACUAGCCUGACAUCAGACGAAGAUGAAACAUCUGAAGGUAACAACAAAAGACGGUCCCUCCGUAGCAGGAAGCAAGAAGCAGACAGCACCACCAAGUCACCUCGGAAAGGAAAGAAAAAGGGAAAGGAUGAUUCAGACCUGUCAGACACAGACAAGGAAAUAUCUGAACUAGAAAAGAAAGCUCUUCAGAGUAAAGGCUCAUCGAAAAAGAAGACCAAAGGGGAUGAUUCAGAGGAAGAAGAAGACGAAGAAGAAAAGGAAGAGAAGAAGGGGAAAAGUGCUAAAAAAGAGAAGAAAGGUGGAAAGAAAGAAAAGAAGGAAAGAAAGAAAAAGUCUGCCAAAGAUGACUCUAGUUCCUCAGAUGGGAACAGUUCAGGUGAUGAUGAUGAUGAUGCUGGCGGUGAUGAUGACGAAGAGGGUUACCAUAGUGAGGACAUGUUUGCAGAGGGAGAUGGGGAAUUAAACGAUGCAGGCGCCUGUAAUGAAGAUACAGAUGAUGAGAACCCUGAAAAUGCAGCUGCUAAAAAGAAGCUGUUGGCUGAUAUGGAUGACGAUGAGGGAGACUCUAGUUCAGAAAACUCUGACUCAGCCAAAAAGAAAGAGAAGAAAACCAGAAAGAAGAAAGAGGUGGCAGAGAAGAAGUCUGAGGAAGAAAAAAGUGGUACAGAUGAGGAUGAGGAAGAAGUGACGCCAAAGAAGAAAUCAAGAAAGCAGCAUCCCCUUCUUCGCAUCAGACUGGAGUCCAGCGACUCAGAUGGGAGCAAGAAGCCAAGCAAGAAAAGGAAACGUGCAGCAAGUAAGAAGAGUAGCCAAAGUAGUGGCAGUGGCUCAAAGUCAAGUGGAAGUGAAGAUGGUUCGUCCACUGCUGGUGUCAGUCGUCGCACAAGGAGUAAGAAAACAGUUUCAGACACAGACAAUGGUAGGAGUUACAAGAAAGGAAAAGGCAAGAAGAAGAGAAGACGAAUAAAGAUUGAUGACUCAGAUUCCGAAGGUUCAGAACAGUUGUCAGGCUCAGGUUCUGAGCUGGAAAGAAAGAAGAAGAAGGAGAGCCGGAAAAAGAUCCGAAGGGUGUGGGAUGACAAGAAACUGAAGGAUGAGACCAAGCAGGCUGCCAAAGCUGAAGAAGAGAGGCGGAAGCGCCUGGCAAGCAGACAGGAGGAAGGCGAGGUGGAGCAGGUGGAAAUAGACGAGACUUCUCCGGUGAAGUGCCCCAUCACUACCCGCCUGGUCCUUGAGAAGGACCCCAAAACUAAGGAGCCAGUGAUAGAAGUGGACAGACAACUUUGCCGCAAGCUGAAGCCUCACCAGGUGGAAGGUGUUCGCUUUCUAUGGGACUCCUUGUACGAAACAGUGGAGAAGGGCAACAAGGAAGAAGGUUCUGGGGCUAUCCUGGCACACUGUAUGGGGCUGGGAAAAACACUGCAGGUUGUUACCCUAGUUCAUACGGCGAUUUCUUCUGACGCCCUCCCCGACGUGAGGACCUGUCUGGUGGUGUGUCCCAUCAACACAGUCCUCAACUGGAAGAAAGAGUUUGAGAUGUGGCUCGAUGAGGAGGACCAACUAGAUGUGUGGGAACUUGCCAGUAUUGUGUCGAACCAGACCAGGAAGUACACGCUGGAGUCGUGGCAGAGAGAGGGCGGGGUGAUGCUGAUGGGCUAUGACAUGUACAGGAACCUGUCCACUGGGAAGCGCAUCAAGAGCAAGAAGAUACGGGAGUCCUUCCACAAGACCCUUGUCGAUCCAGGUCCAGACUUGGUGGUGUGUGACGAGGGCCACAUCCUGAAGAACGAAGCUACGGCGAUCUCCAAAGCCAUGAAUGACAUCAAGUCCAAGAGGAGGAUUGUUCUCACAGGAACACCACUGCAGAAUAAUCUGGUUGAAUACCAUUGCAUGGUGAACUUUGUGAAGCCCAACCUGCUUGGUACCAAGAAGGAAUUCUGUAAUCGCUUCGCCAACCCAAUAAACAACGGCCAGGCCUCGGACUCCACACAGUACGAUGUGAAAUUGAUGAAGAGAAGAGCUCACAUUCUCCACCAGCUGCUAGCUGGCUGUGUACAGAGAAGGGACUAUUCAGCCCUGACCAAGUUCCUGUCUCCAAAGUACGAGUAUGUGAUCAAGGUUCGGCUGAGUCCGCUGCAGGUCCAGCUGUACGAGCACUUCCUGAACAACGCCACGCGUGCGGAGAACAUCGCUCAGCGCGUAAAAACAAGCAGCCUCUUCGCAGACUACCAGAGCCUGAUGCGUGUGUGGACUCACCCAUGGGUGCUGAGACUCAACACCAUCCGGGAGGAAAACAGGGUCAGAUACCAUGAUGAUGACUCCAUGGAUGAGUUCAUAGAUGAUGAUGAAAGUGAAGGAAGUGAAAGUGUGGCAUCAAGGACAGGUACCGACGACAACAGCAGUGCCAGUGCCAGGCCUAGAAGGAGGAGAGGAAGUGGAAGUGAUGAUGGAGGCAGCAGUGAUGAGAGCAGGGAUGAAGUCGUCAACUCCUGGAAGACCAGGUCCAGAUGUGGGAACGGGAACGACCCAGGAGCAUCCACAUCCGCAGCUGCUGAUGCUGCUGACAAUGUGAUCAGACGGGACCCAGAAAGAAACGAGUGGUUUGGACAGUUCCUGAAGGAUGAGCACAAGACUGAGAUCGAGCUGAGUGGCAAGCUGGUCCUGCUGUUCAACAUCCUCAAACAGGCGGAGGAGCUGGGGGACAAAGUCCUUGUAUUCAGUCAGAGCCUCCUGUCCCUGGACCUGAUAGAAGACUUCCUAGAAUAUCUGGAUGGCCUGGCACAGAGCGAGGACCCCAAGGCUGACGAGUGGAUGAACGGGAAGUACGGCUGGGGCAGGAACCUGGACUACUUCCGCAUGGACGGCUCCACCAGCGCCGCACUCCGCGAGAGAUGGGCGGAAAUCUUCAACUCUCCUGACAAUGAAAGGGCACGCCUGUUCCUGAUCUCCACCCGAGCCGGCGGGCUGGGGAUCAACCUCGUGGGCGCCAACAGGGUCAUCAUCUUCGACGCGUCCUGGAACCCCAGCCACGACGUGCAGUCCAUCUUCCGUGUCUACAGAUUCGGGCAGGGCAAGCCUGUAUUUGUCUACAGAUUCCUGGCACAGGGUACAAUGGAGGAGAAGAUCUAUGACCGACAGGUGACCAAACAGUCCCUGGCAGCCCGUGUGGUGGACGAACACCAGAUCGAGAGACACUUCACCAUGGGGGAGCUAGCAGAGCUCUACAACUUCACCCCCGACAGGCUGGACGAUCCCAACAGAAAAGAGAGACCCACACCCAAGCUACCAGUGGACCUGAUUCUGGCUGACCUGCUGCAGAGCCAGAAGGACUGUAUAGUGGACUAUCACGAGCACGACUCACUCCUGGAGAACCAGGAGGACCAGACUCUCACUGAGGAGGAGCGCAAGGCAGCGUGGGAGGAGUACGAAAACGAGAAGAAGCCAGCUGAACAACUUCCAGAUGGAACAGAGGAUGAGAGAGAUGCAGGCUGCCAUACAAGCUGGACAUCAGGUAGCCGGCACAUCGUUAUACGCUUACAAUUAUGGUCAACAGCUGGGUGUCCAGAUGGACAACAUGAACCGUCAGAUCAACGUGGAGAGAUCCCGCCCCCAACCUCAGGCGGUCAUGUCUCUGGCGGAGAUCAUUCUAGAUCAGCAAAAGCGGUACCCCCACCUGUCACGUGAUGCCUUGGCGCAGAGAGCGGUGUAUAUCCAGGAACAGCAGAAGAGACAGGUGCAGAUGCACGAGGAGAGAAUGGCUGCCAUCCGUCGUUACGAGGCCCUUUGUAACCAACAGCGUGCAACAGUACAAGCUUUGGUCCAUCCACAGAAAGCCUCAGGCGACCGUUCUAAAAUACUAGCUUCAUUCAUAGCAGAAACUGACGGAUUAAAGCACCAGGGACCCGCUAAGUCUGUAGCAGCCAUGCUGGCAGGUGGUGCAAAUAUGCAACUGCCAACUCCCAAGCCAGCCAAGCCGGGGACGCUUGCUGCUAUGAUUCAGGAAAGCAGACGCAACGGGAGUGCAAAUAUGCAGCAACCCUCGGGAAGCAGAGCUGAUGACGAUGCAAUCAUCAUUCUGGACUCCCCUGAUAAAAACUGAACAUCUUAAAGCUUAUUUUCUUCUCACAUAGAUGUUCUAGUAGUACAUUAGAUUACAACGGAUUUGAAGGACGGUAUUCUGCACAUAGUACUACUGUAUGUUAUCCGAUCAGUGUCAAUCUUCAAGUCUUGAUGUUGUUGAGAGUCUUAGCCCUUGUGAUGCUGUGUACAUGUCAGACAUCAGGACUAGCAGUCUUGUAUAGUACAGAACCGUGUUAUUGAUGAUGUAACCAUGCUAUUUCAAUAACUGUACUCAACUUGAGUAAAGGAUGAACAGAAUUGUGAAAGUUUCUACCCUCUAAACCACAAGAGUUAAGAUUCACAGUGAUCCACUAGCAGACAUGUGUACAUAAUUAUAUGAUAUACAUGUACAUUGAUUUUAGUGUCACUUGUUGUAGUUUUAAUGUCCGAUUGACAAGUAAGCAUUAAGAUUUGUAUCAACCAGUAAUUGUAUUGCUCAAACAUCUCAAAGUAGUAUCAUAAAAGAAAUAAAAGGAGCUGUCAGGUAUUGUAGGUGUUAUUGACAUGUUCUGUUAGUUUUGUAUGAAAAAAUAUCAAGUAUUUAUGGCAGGUUCUUGUGUUUUUAAAAGUCUUGCAAGUUCAACAUGUUGAUUCUCAGUUGCAAAUCAUUAAUCAAUGAGAAAGUUGUGUUGUUUCCAAGAUGGAGCCUGUGCAGUAUGAUGAGACCCCCCCAUCCAAGAAAACCACAGGAAUCAUACCUGCUGAAAAACAAGUUUGAAAUUUUAUCAACUGUAUUAAUAUACUAAUCAAUGACUUUUAUUUUUAUUUCUUGACACCACCAAUUGAAUUGAUGAAAUGUAUACAUAAUAUUAGUAUUCAAUUGCCCGUUUUGUUUUUCUAGAUCACUGUAUCAUACAGGGUAAACCAUGUUGACUGACUCAAAAUCCUAGUACGACUGUUAUCUUUGGAGUGAAUAGCAUAGCAUAGGAAAAGAUACCAAGGGACCACACUUGUGCAAGUGCCAAGUUAGCAUUAGGCUCGCAUUAACAUACGAAGGCCCCCUUUCCACUAGACUGAGUGGCCAUACAGUAACCAAAAUGUACGUAUGUGAACUCUUGAUUUCAUAGUUUGAAAAUGACACUUAGUAGACAACAAAAUUUGGAAAAAUUCCCUCUUUAUCUAUGAAGGCUUCAUGUGGAAAGGGGGUGUAAACAACUGAUUGAAAUGCAUCAGCCUCUCAAAACUUCUUUAAUCUACUGUUACAGUAAUUCUGCCACACAUCAAUACUGGGCAUACUGAGUUAUGUGUAAGUCAAGUGCAGUUUUUGGUCAACAUAUACAUGUAGAAUUCAUUUAGUUAUAAUAAGUUCCUUGAUGCAGAAGUUUGCUGUUGAUUUCAACAUAUUUCUUGCACAUACUGUAGCUGUGUCAUAUUCCAAAAGAGAAAGUGUUAUUGUUAAAUAGGAUAACUGCACAAUAAAUAAGCUUGUAUGUGUAUGUAUGUACAUUUACAUUAUUGAAACAAUCAGUUAAAGCACACAAUUAAAAUAUGUUAACCCUUCAUUUAAGUGGAGAUUAGUGUGAAAGCAUUAUGUUGAUUUUAGAAUGCAUUUUGGAGAUUGAUAUACUUAAAUCCACUGUACGGCCAGUUACGUUACAUACCCAAGUCAUCUCACAUUAAUGAUUUAUAUUAGAUCUUUCAUAGAAGCACACAAAGUAUGACUGAUAUUCAUAUUGUUUUUAAGGACAAAAUGUUGCAAUGUGAGUCUACUAUAGAACAUCACAUGAAAGUUUAUAUCUCAAUUGUGUCCAACAUUCAAAUGUAACCCACGGCCAAGAAUUCUUGUAAAAAGCUUCCAAAUUGAUUAAAGCUCACAUAAAGUA